GCAAAGCAUGGGCGGAUGAGUUUAUCACACUCUAUGCAGACGAUUCCCUGUUGCAGACUAUGGCUGCAGCGGAGCAGAUGGAGAUCGACCAGUCCCGGGAUGCCCAGGCACAGCUUCGGGAGGUGCUGGGAAGUGCCACACCCUUCUCGGCUGGCGGUCCGGCACGAAAGUCGGAGAGGGACGAGGAGGAGGAUCCCAAGGAGCCAGCGACGAAGUUUCACAGGGGCCAGCACAAGGGCAUGUCUGGGAAAGGCUGGAAGGAGGCUCACGGCUCGGACAAGAAUUGGUGGGGGAACUCCAGGAGCAGCCAGGAGGAUCCCUGGGCGGAAGCGGCCAGCCGGAGCGGAGGCAAGCUCCCGGACCUGGCGACACAGCACCUCCUCCAAACGCUGGUCAAAAUGGUGACCAGGCACGAGGAGGAAUUGGCUCGCAUCCGCAUCGAUACCAAUUUCAUGCUCUUCAUGGACGUGAUGUCGGAGGGGGUCUACGAGCUGAUGAAACUGACAGCCGAGCAGUGGCACGAGAAGUUCACUGCCAAGAAAGUCACGGCCAGCCUACGGGUGAUGUUGAUGCUUGCUCUCCUUGGGGAGAUCCAGGAUCGUAUGGUCAAGACAGUGGAGUCGGACGAGCAGCUGGCACGGUGUAUCAACAUCGGCUGGAUGGCAGAGGGCUCCACUCGGCUGAAUCCCGUCUAUCGCUACUUCCGAUGGAACCCGGACACGAAAGCCCAGGAGCAAUGCGACACGUCGACGCGGCCCCUGGCCAAGGAUCCCAAGGGCGAAGUGGUGCCCUUCUUGUUGUCGCUCUCCCUGCGACAGACACAGGCGGGCCGAUGCCACGAGGCUCUGAUGGCGCUGUCGGGCUGUGCGUGCCUCAAGCUUGCGGGCCUCCGUCUGCGCCCGGAUCGGGGUCAGAAGCAGCCCCUCAUGAAGGAGCUGGAACAGGCAUACCUUGCGGUUCCGUAUACGGACUGGACGGCACGCGAGCAGACCUGGAAUCGCAGCAACCAGUAUGCGGACAAGCGUGCGGACAAGUCCAACCAGGACUGCUACGGAAAGGCCGCGGUGGCCUUGCAGAAAGCCAUUGCCUCAGGUAAACACUUGCUUCCGGGUAGUCUGCCGUGGAUGCCGAUACUGAGCAACUGGCCACAGUUGCAUCGGCAGCAGGAUGCGGGAUCUUUCUGUGCGCAUCUGCUGGCUUAUGCCUCGCCCCCGGGAUUCGGCGGGGAAUGGCAGGCUAGGCUGUCUAAUCCUGACAUGACCGUGGAUUCAGGCCCGCUGCUUGCGCCACUUUCAUUGGAGGUCCAAGGCCCGGAUCUGCAGUCCGCAGUUGAUGCAUGGGCAACGCAGCACGCAGUGCAUGGCCUGUACCUGCCCACGGGGGUGUUGGUUCUGCAACUUAAGCGGUAUGAAAGGGGUUGUUUUAGCCUGCGCGUCCUGGUCGUGCUGCGGCCGUGGCGCGGCCCUUGGUCUAUUGCAUGCCGUUUGCGUCUGCUUGCAUCAGCAAAUGUGUCUCAGCUGCGUGUGACGCUGCCGUUCGGGUCUAGCCGCUGGCUGUACGCCCAUCCCGCCGCUACGUCCGGUUCCCUUUGCCCAGUAACCAUGAUAGAGAACGCCCUGGAUGAUUUGUGUCGUGAGCUCGCUCUGCCCGGGCACAUCUAUUAUGACUCGCUGGAAGAAAUGUUGUUGCUCAAUGCGCUGCAUAGCCUAGCCAUGACUGUGGGGCGCAACGUGCCUCCAAGUCUGACGAUGGCCUCAACGAAUGAGUUGUGCUAUAUGGCCGGCCGACUCCUCCCGCCAGCGGAGCUGGAACAAUUCCAGCAGUAUGCCGCUGCGCUAGGGCGACACCUGCCGGGCACGGACAGUAUCAGCUUUCCGCCGUUGCUGACGCCGCCUCAGGAGGAGAUGCACGAGGCGGAGUUUGCCGCUGCCAAUUAUCUUCUGAACGGCUCUGGAUCGCUUUGGUCUGCAGUACGACACGUGGUUAGCCUGCUGCCGUUUCGGGAAGUCAAAAGACAGCACCAGGAAAAACUGCAGCAGCAGUUCGCAGCCGGGGCUUAUGGUCACAGAGGAUUCGUUGGACUCUGCAAGCAGACGGAGCAGUUCGGCUCAGCCCUUCGCCUUAUCAACAUGUUGAUCUGCAACAGCCACUCUGGUCAUGUAUGGACCACUGUGGUUAUCACAGUCAACAAUGUGGCGGGAUUGCACGUUGACAAGCAGAAUGCUCCAUUCUGCAGCUUGGUGCUUGGAUUAUCUCAUCACUGCCAAGGGCAUAUGUGGAUUCAGAGCUCCCGAGGAAUGCCCUGGACCGGGCCUGGUAGAUCGCUGGCUGCUACGGGGCAUCGACUGGAUGUUUCCGCUCGGGCCUAUCUGCUGCCCACGUUCAGCCAUCCGCACUGCACGGAGCCCUCCACAUUUGGGGAUAGACUGGUCCUCAUCGCCUAUGUCAUCGGACAAUAUGAGAGUUUGAGCCAGAAGCAUGUCAGCAAGCUUCACGACCUCGGGUUCUGCCCGCCACGGGCGAUUCCUGCAAGGGAGGUUAAGUCAAAGUCGGAGAUAGAGGUGGUAGACUGA